ACGCUAUUAGGAAUGACUGCAAAUACGUUUCAACACUGACGGAAGUAUCACAUAGCUAUUGUGUGCUGCCACUAUUUCUUGUUUUGAGUGUAAUGUUUUUAAUGAUACUGCUAGUGAUUCAUUUGAAGCACUUAACAGUGCAAAAAGUGUCUCAGUGAGCAAUAUCACUGUACUCUUUGCAGUGUGUUGGAAUUCGGACAGCACCUGAAGGCAGCACCAUAAAACUACAUGUUUGGUUUACAUUUCAACAUUCAGAUUACAUUAAAGCAACAUACACGUAACCCAACGGCCUCAAUGUAACAUUACAUUGUUCUUUAAUGCUCAUACUUGAUACAAGUUUAUGUAAAAUUAGUCACUUUUGCGUUUCACCCCUAACUUUCCGCGCAUGCGCAGUCUCAGUUGAGUUUCCAUGGUUCACGAUGGCUGCGGACAGUCCUCAGCUGCUGCUGUCUCUGGUGGAGGAAUAUGUCUCUGGACUACAGGACAGCAAGGCUAAAGACACAGCAACAGGUGUCAAGGAUGGACAGUUUACAGUACUGCAGCUGGUGGAAGCCCUGGGACCGAGUCUGACCAGCUCUCAGAAUCACACGCGAGCCAGAGGAGUCCAGCUUCUCUCUGAAGUUUUACAGGAAUGCUAUGGAGGUCUCACAGAGAGAGAAGGUACACAUCUCCAGCAGGGCCACACGCAACAUAUUCAUGUAAAGAGUGAUAUUUUAUCAGCAUGUCUCCCUGUCUCCCCAGUGGAAGUGCUCCUCGCCUUCUAUGAAAACCGCCUAAAGGACCAUCACGUCAUCACACCGCCUGUCUUGCGGGGGCUCAGAGCGCUGGCAAAAUGUACAGUGUUGCCUCCUGGCUCAGCUGUGUCCAUGCUGCGGUCUUUGUUCCAGGAUGUUCAUGUUCAGUCUUUGAUGCUGACAGAGAGAGCUUGCGUCUACAACAUGCUCAUCAACCUCAUGGCGACCAGAGAAGCCGAGCUGAAGGGUUUGGGGCCAGACUUUGUGUUUGGUUUUGUCCAAUCGAUGGACGGAGAGAGGGAUCCUCGCAACCUCCUGUUGGCCUUCCAGAUUGCCAAGAGCAUCAUCCUCCGAGGUUAUGAUCUAGGUAAAUUCACAGAGGAGCUGUUCGAAGUGACGUCUUGCUAUUUCCCCAUCGACUUCAGCCCCCCUCCCAAUGACCCCCACGGCAUCACCAAAGAGGAGCUCAUCCAGAUGCUGAGGGACGUGCUCACUGGAACGCCACGAUUUGCCGAGUUUCUGUUACCUCUCAUCAUUGAGAAACUGGACUCAGAUGUUCAGAGUGCGAAGCUGGACUCACUGCAGACUCUGACUGCUGCUGUGUCACAAUAUGAACACAAGGACUUGGCGGAAUUCCUCGAGGGACUGUGGGCAUCAGUGCGCAGAGAGGUGUUUCAGACGUCGAGCGAGAAGAUCGAGUCAGCCGGCCUCGCCGCUCUCACCGCACUCACUUCCUGCCUGUCUCGCUCAGUCCUCAACUCUGACUCUGAAGACUCCCUCAGCACCUUCCUGGAUCUCGUUCUCAAAGACUGCAAACAUCACCUUUCUGAGCCGGACCUGAAGCUCGUGUGGCCCAGCGCCAAGCUGCUCCAGGCCGCCUGCAGCGCCUCCAACAGGGCGAGCCACAUCAUAUCAUCCGCCGUCAUGCCCUCUGUCAUCGAGCAGUACAACGCCAGAGCACAUAGUGGCCACAGACGAACAUUACUGGAGGUGGUGCAGCGAUUUAUCCAGUCAGUGAAAACCUGCCAGUCUUCAGACAACGAAGAGAGCGUGUUUUUAGCCUUCCGCCCGUCUCUGUGCAGCAUGGUGUUUUCAGCUCUGACGGACACUAAUUCCAGUCUGCAGGUCACAGCCAUCUCGGUGCUCACCUCACUGGUGCAACAAACAGGUCUGCUGUUGGACUCUGAUAUCGAGCUGGCUGUAGAUCACCUGACCAGACUGCUGCUGACCGAGGACGAUGGCGAUGUCAGUCUUGCUGUGGUGAAGUGUGCCGGAGCCUUAGCACAGCUGCACCCAGCAGCCUUCAUCACUAAACUGAUCCCGAUGCUAAAGGAGGCGAUGUUUUCUGAGCCCAUGGAUCAAGACAACAUCAGAACAGCUUCGGAGCAGCAUUCCCAGCAUGCAGUACGCCAGCGGUGUUUGUCCGCUCUGGCUGCGGUGUCCACCCAACCCAGUGUUGUCCAGGAGAGCACACCUGUUCUCUUGGAGGUCCUCAGCUCAGCACACACAGGUGGUGUUGGUUUCUCAGUGGAGGAGGUGGUGAUGGCGUGUCGCAGCCUCCGGAGAAUAGCAGAGCAGGUUCAGGACACCGAGGAGACGGGACGAUGCUUCCAUGACGUCAUCAUCCCGCGCCUGCUGUCUCUGGCCCUCCAGGCAGCGCUGCAGGGCGAGGAGUCGUCUGGUCGUCGUAGUCCUCUCCUGGAGGAGGUGGUCCUGUCCGCCAUGGUCCCUGUCAUCAGUACUUCCUGCUCCAGGCUGCAGCCCACGUUGGCGGGACAGACGGCGUCGAGGGCUGUGUCUCUCUUCCUCGACGGUGAUGUUUCCUUUUUGCCCGACAACUCGUUCCCUUCAAACAUCCAGCUGCUCAAGCAGGGGGACCCGUGGAGCCAGUCUCAGAUGGUUUGUCUGCUCAUGGGAUGCGUGUGUUCAUUACCUCGCAGUGUGGAGGUGCCUCGUAUAGAUCAACUGCUGUCACAGCUGGAGGAGAUGAGCUGCACCUGCAGCCACCCGCUGUCAUACACCUCGGCCGCAAAGUGCUUUGCCGGCCUGGUUAAUAAGAGACCGCAGGGUGAUUCUCUUGACAACCUAAUCCAGAGCACCUUCAAGAAAGUGUGUAAUGAGUUGGACUCUCCGUCUUCAUCUGCACGCGCUCAGGCCUUCACCCUCAUGAUCUGGGUUGCCAAGGCGCUGCUCCUCAGAUACCACCCUCUGUUCACAACACUGACUGACAAGCUCUUCUCUCUGCUCGAUGAUGCUGACCUGGGUCCAGAGGCAGCAGACGGCUUCUCGCUGCUGAUGAUCGACACUGCCGACAUCCUGAACCGCGGUUGCCACGCCGACGUUCGCAUCAUGUACCGCCAGCGCUUCUUCAGCGAGAAUUCAGCCAAGUUGGUCGAGGGCUUCAACGCUGCGCCGCAAGAGAAGAAGCCCAACUACCUGAAGGCUCUGUCUAACAUCGUCAAUAAACUGCCCAAGCAGGUUCAAGUCACUGAACUACCAGCGCUCCUGUCUCUGCUGUUGGAGGCCUUGUCGUGUCCUGACCCGGGCGUCCAGCUGUCCACCCUGUCCUGCAUGGAGCCCGUCCUCAUCGACCCUCCACCAGCGCUCAUCCAGCGGCUGGAGGCUGUGGUCAGCAGGUUGCUGGGCCUCACCUCCAGUCCAGCCAUGUCCGUACGGAUCGUCUCAUUGCGGUGCAUACAUGCCGUUUCCCGCUUCCCUGAACAUGAGAUCUUGCCGUUUCGGACCCGAGUGCUGCGAGGUCUGGCCCGGCCUCUGGACGACAAGAAAAGGGUGGUGAGGAAAGAGGCGGUCGAGGCUCGAGCAGAUUGGUUCCUGUUAGGAAGUGCUGGCGGAAGUUGAUUCCACUCCUCAAACACAAACCCAAGUCUCCCAUCCUCCCUAAACCUGGAAGAAUACAGAUGUGGAUGAAGUCAAACUUCAGGACCCGUUACCAAGGACCGAAGCUGCACAAUCCACACAACAGCUUUCUCUCCUCGGUUACUCUCCACCUUUUGGAUCUUCCAGCAUCCCUCUAUCCUCCCUGCUCUCCUCUUUUCAACCAGAAUCCCUCCAUCCCUUCACCAUCUCUCCCUUUUUACUGAAGUGUUAUUGUUGUCUGUAUCUUCAUGAACGCACAAAUAAUAAGAGUAUGUGAACUGA